AUGUGCGUUGGGACCACUUGUGAAGUGCCUGCCUGGUCACCUCUGGGCGCAGGACUCAUGGGGUGCAAUUUCAGCAAGCCCACAAUUAAGGAUUGGCUUCGCUUGAGAAAAUAUUCUUUCCGAAUUCGUGUUUUUGAGCUUUGCAGGAGCUCUGAUCGACUACUCGAUGUUGGUGACGUUACUCUGUGCACCAUAAUUUCUCCGGACGUAUUCCAUGCGCUUUUCCCGUCACUUCAUACCCUGAACCUCGGAUUCCUUGCCGACAGAAUCCCGCUAUCGCUACUGGAUGAUGUCCUCUCCCCUCGCCUUGCUCAAUUACGCUUCAGGUUGCCUCGUCACCUCGAGCCAGAUGACCUUCAUGAAUUAUUGGAAUCUGUCACGAAUCGUGCACCUUCGCUUCGAGUGUUGAAAAUCGAUGCCUAUGCCCACGAGCAAUCGUUUGUUCACCCUUCAGCAUUGAGGUUUGACCGGAUGCCCUACCUACGCACGCUCUGCUUCCCCACCAAGCUGUACAUCCCCCCCAGCAGCUUACUCCAACCCAGGCAAAUGCAGAACUUACAAGUUCUGAGUCUGACCCUAACUGCGGACCCAGUCCCUGCAUUGCAUCACUUUGAUCCGCUAGUGUUCCCAGUGCUGCAAUGCAUGAGAAUUACUACCCCAACCCUGGAUCAACUCUGUGACAUACUCCGCGUCACAGCCUCUACUCAACUCCGGGAAAUUUCAGUGUUUUAUUCCGCGCCGGCUAGUGAGGCUGUCAUGCAUACCUUCUUCCAGGAGGUCCAGCGAGCUCACGGCCGUUCACGAGGCUUGCACAUCCUCGUCUUACAUCACAUCUACUCCCUGGAUAGUUCCAUCCUUAAACCUUUCGUGUACUCACCGUCAACAUUCAAACCACUCCUUGCCUGUCAUCGCCUUCGCGUUCUUGAUAUCAGGGAUAUCGGACAUCUCGCCAUUGAUGACCCCUUCAUUGAACACGCGGCCCUUUCAUGGCCAGUUAUUGAGGAACUGCGACUGCGCGGUCUCCCAUGGAUUGAUUCGCACCGCACGACCAUUGGAAGUCUCCGAGAACUCGUGCGAGGCUGCUCACGGCUUUCUAGGCUCAGCAUGGCGAUCGAUGCUAGGGUUCUGCCAGAGGAGAAGUCGGCGUGGCGGUCGUUACCCCUUGAGGAGCUCAAUAUUUCUGACUCCAUUAUUGGACAUGCGGAGGCUGUUGAACGAUAUCUCAAGAUGGCCUUGCCUAAUCUGAAGACGUUGAUAGCCCUGGACGACGUGCAUUUUUGGAAAGCAAUACUUGGAAUGGGUGGUGCUGUUUGGAACGAGUAG